AUGAGCUUAGACGACCUUUUGACUAAAGUUCUGGGCAUCAUUUCCGGUGCCAUCACCGUCAUCGAGGCUACGAUCACUCUAUACAAGACCGCCAAAGACUCCUCUGGUCUACCCCCAUCACUUCGAGAUGCAGCGUCUCGCCUCCCCCUCAUACAAGAGAGCCUCACGAUAGCGGCUCAAGGCAUCCAAAAGGACUCUCAACCACUAGAAUCAUACGUUGCGCUUGAAGCCGUACUGAAAGCUUGUAGCGAAAAAGCAACACAGCUCCAUCAAACUUUCGAGGCCAUGGUGCCCCCGAGUGGAGCGACCCGAACGCAUAGAUAUCUCAGAGCUGUGAAGUCUUUUCCUCAAGUCGACAAGGCCAACGUGCUAGUUGAGGGCAUCCUUGGGGAUCUGCAGGUUCUUACGUUGAACCAUGUUGUCAAGGCUGCUACGAGAGAGCAGAUCAAGGAGUUGAUGGGUAUGGGAACGGAUAGAACUGUGGGCAAGAAUUCAUCAAUGGUGCUGAAUAAUACUGGGAUUGGGAGGCAGUAUAUUCAUACAGGACAGGGAGAUCAGAAUGUUGCGAGCAAUACGGCCACUCAGGUCAAUGGGACGUUUCACGGCGGAACAUUCAGUUUUACGCAAACAUGAUUGAGAUCGAGGUCUGACAUGCAAG